AUGGAGAAGGUUUCCAAAGAUGGCUACAGAUUGCCGAAUAGUGAACAGAGAAGGGCAGAGAAAAUUCUAGAUCGAGCCAUCAGAGUUGAAAAGGGAAUAGCAACUGCAGAUGAGGUGGAGGAGGAAGCUUUGGGAGAAAUUGAGGAUAGGAAGGAAA